AUGGAUGUAGAAACUGUUGAUAAAACUGGACAUAUUGCAGCAUCAGUAUUCAGACUACUUGGUGUUACUAUCAAGUGUACAAGGAGCAAAUCCCGAAAUGGCCAGAGCGGAAAUCCCCACGAAGAGAGAGACGAUUUUUUACCAGACUGUGAUGAAACAAAGAAGCCAUACAUCGGCCAACGUUUUGACACAAUAGAUGAUGGUGUGCAAUUUUACAAACAGUAUGCAUCUUUGGGAGGUUUCGAUGUAAGAUGCAGCACAAUCAGGAAGAAUCGAGACGGGGAAGUAGAAGUCAAGUAUUUGUUGUGUUCUAGGGAAGGGCACACAGUCAGCGAAACAGAUGGGUCCAAAACUGCUAGUGAAGACAUCACACCAAACACAAACACCGACAACGAGCAGCGCAAAGAUGGAUACUAUGUGGUGACCGUAUUGCAAGAACAACACAACCACCCCUUCUGCUCAGAAUUAGCAAGACCAUUCCUGAAGAUAAACCGUACUUUGGAUAUUGGACAUCAAGAAUUCAUAGCAGCCUGCGCAAAAGCCAACAUAGGGACAUCAAAAGCAUUCGACCUAUACAAAGAACUAACAGGUGGAUUUGAUCAAAUUGGGGCAACACGUGUGGAUUUUAGAAAUUGCAGAAGAGACGUAAAUGCACAGCUACAUGAAGCCGAUGCGCAAGCAGUGAUAGACAAAUACAGGCAAAAACAGAUAUUGUUUUCAUCCUAUACAUUCGAGUAUGAUGUAGACGAAGAAAACCGACUACGAAGACUAUUCUGGGCUGACCCAAUAGCCAAAGAGAACUACAAACAGUUUGGAGAUAUGGUCUCUUUUGAUGCUACAUACCGCACCAAUAGGUACAAAAUGGUAUUCGUGCCUUUUACUGGGAUUGAUAACAACAAGCGAUGCGUGACUUUUGCAGCAGGGCUCAUCUCAAGAGAGGAUAAACACUCUUAUGUANAGAUUGAGUGCCUACAUGAAUUUGAUUGUGUGCCAACUUAA